GUAGUCCUGGAACUCCAUUUCCCAGGAUGCUUGGCGCCUGAGCGUGUGCCACAGAAUCUUCUUCCCCCUCGGCGCGGACAAUAUAUUCGUUUCCCUUGUUGUUGCGGUUGUAGUGUGAGGGAGAGAGAGGAAGAUUAGAAUUGAUGUUCACUGGAUCAAAAAUGAAAAAUGUUUGAAGUGAUCACAAGAGAAAGAAAGAGAUAGAGUUUCCAACUGGGAGCCAGGCUAUGGCAGUGAAACCGAAGAAAAGAAUAGAAGAUUCCAUCAAUGAACUUCUUGGUGAUCUGCUUGGAAAUGAUGGUGACAGUCCCCUCAACUCUAGUAAGCCUGCUUCAUUUAGUAGCAGUGGAGGGCGUGUCAGAGGAAUCAGCUCACAAACCAGCAAAAAAGGGCUUUUGGAUGAUGACUCCUUCAGCAAAAUGGCUUUUGAGAAAGAAGCUGAAGCAGAGGAUCCUGCUAUCUCAGAAGUAGCCCCAGAUGCAUUUCUGGAGACUUUGAAGGAUAUGGAUGACAUGGAAGCUGAUCUUCUGGGCAUAAAGAAAUCAAAUUCUGAGCCUGUUCAGAAACCUACAAAGACUCUGACAAAACCUCAUCCUUCAACUGAGCCAACAAAAUCUGCUAAGAAAACAACCAUCACUGAAAAAGGAAACUCUGUAAAUGGAAUAAAAAAGGAUCCCAGUUCUACUCCCACCACUUCCCAGCAGCUUAAACCAGAGUUAUCCUUUGAAGAUAUGAAUGACCCUUUGGCUGGACUUUUGCCUGAUGAAGAAGAGGAUGCAGUGAAGAAAGCACAUUCCUUUGCCACCAAAAAUUCUCCAGGAAGAAAUACUGGAACUGUUAAAGAAAAAGCAUUAUCGCUGUCUGCUACUCCCACUCAUGCUGUUGCCCCUGACCAGAAAAGGAAUGAAUUGACAUUUGAGGAUGAUGGGGAUGAUCUAAUGGAUACUCUGGGGUUUGGUGACAACCCAAAGGAAGAACUGAAAUCCAGCAGAAAGGGUGAAGAAGAGGAGUCUCGCCCUGCCCGAUCCAUGCUAGAUGAACUGUUGGGACGAGGAACAGCAAAAAAACUCCUGGAAAGACCCAGAACAGGAGAACAAAAGGAAUUCAAACUGGAUAAGAAAUAUCAAAAGCAAGCCGAUAAGGAAGACAUUCUGGGAGAUGAGUUCACCUUUGGAGCCUACCAACCUACUGUAGCAUCUGGUUCAGAGGGACGUCAGUCUAGACGACAAUCGGUCAGGUUUUCCUCAGAGAACCUUAGUGAAGUGAAAUCAGACCAGAGAUCCAAACCUUCCACCCCAGCAUCUGGCAGCCCUGUACGCAGCAAGACUGGAGCUGAUUGGUUGGGACUGAAAGAUGAGGAUUUUGACUUGCCUCCUCCCUCUCCAUUAAAAGAAUCCAGCAAAAGCAUCACAAGAGGAACCACACCUGAUGUGCCACUUGGGUCUUUAGGUGUUGAACAUCCAACUCCUACCAACCAGCUCCCUUCUACAACCAAGCCAGAUCCUGAAGCAGUGACAAUGAAACCAGAGCCAAUUGAAGAUGAUGGUGACAGCUGGCUGAGCAAUGUCUUGUCUCAGAAGAAAUCUCGCAUGCAGGACAAAGUGCAGGAAAAGAAACCGAGGCCCUCUAAAUCUCAAAUACAUGGAGAGGAGGUGGAUCCCAUCACUCUUACCACUCAGUGUACUACCUCUGCACAGGAUCACCAGCAGUCUGUUGUUCCCCCAGAUAGACCUGCAAGACUACAAGAACCUGGGACUUCCAUACCUUGGCUAAAAUCUCAGGAACAAACUACUCCUGCUUUUCCAUCUGAUGUCAGAAAAGGAACUCCUUUUGGAGACUCUAAUACAACAGGUGAGAUUCAAGUUCCAGCACCUGCAACAUUUUUGCAAGAACAUCAACAGGUCUUUCAGAUUCCAGUGCAUUCUCAGCUGCUGCACUCAGUGCCCCACUCACUGAGCUCACCAAAUAACAAUGGCUAUGAAAAAAUAUUGGCAGGUGUCCAGCUGCAGUUGCGAGAGAGCUUGGCAGGCUAUCAGGCAGAGCUUCUGAGUGCCCAGACUCGCCUCACUGAGCUGGAAGGCCAGAUAAGGCGGCUGGAGCUGGAGAAAAAUCAACAGAAGCUGUUACUAGAGAGUCUGCAACAGCGUCAUCAAGAUGACUUGGAACUGAUAGAGAAAGCUCACAGGAACCGCAUGAAGGUGAUUGAGGAUUCAUUCCACCAGCGUGAGGAGCGUCUCCGGCAAGAGAACCAAGAGUUAGCGCAGCAAUACUUGUCUCACUGCCAGACUGCAGAGCAGGUCAAAUCAGAGCUGCUAGCCCAGCAUCAGCGCCGACUCACAGAGAUGGAGCAGGAGAAGGCCAAGGAGAUCGAUAGGCUACAGGAAUUGCAGAGGAUGUCCAUUCUGGAAAUGCGCAAAGACCAUGAAGAACAACUACAACGGCUGAAGCAACUGAAGUCUCAGGAAAUUGAUGCAGUGACCAGUGCUACCUCCUACACCAGGUCUUUGAAUGGCAUCAUUGACCAAAUGGAAAAGUUCUCAAGCAACCUGAAUGAUCUUGCCAACAAAGUAGAGGCUACUCAUCACACCACGCACCAAGGACUUGAGAUUGGGGCCCGCCAACGGGAUGAACAGCUAAGGGUUUUACAAGAUCGUCUGGCUCGGCAGCAGAGAGAUAUGGAAGAUGAGCGAGGACGGCUGCAGGAGGUCAUCUCUAAAAUGGAGGCCAGGUUAAAUGAGCAGACUCGCCUUCUGGAGCAGGAACGCUGGAGGGUAACCACAGAACAAUCCAAAGUGGAAUCUUUGCAGCACUCUCUAGAGGAGCAGAGGAGGGUCAUGAUCCAGCAGCUGGCCAUGGAGAGGGAAGAACUAGAGAGGGCCAAGAAUUCUUUGCUUGAAGAGCAGAAAUCGGUCAUGCAGAAAUGUGCUGAGGAGCGCCGUAAACUGGCUCUAGAGUGGUCAGAGCUCCACACCCAACAGAGACUGAUCAAAGAGCGUGCAGAACGGGAGGUUGACCGGGCUUUGCAGAUUGACUCUCAGAGAGAAGGGGCCAUUAUGAGCUUUGCAAAGGAACAAGCAGACCUGAAAAUCAAAGCCAGUGAGUUGAGAGCCAAAGAGGAGCAGUUGGCUAGAGACCGAGAGACUCUGGAGCAAGAAAAGCAGGAGUUAAAACUAGAAAAGGAAAGAGUUAAUGCAGCAGCUCUGCACAUCAAGCAGAGGACAGCUGAAAUUGACAGUAUGAGCAAGCUCUCCUCUCAAAAGUAUGAAGAGGGGGAGAGAGCUCUUCUAGAGGCAAGGAAGGUAGAAUCGGAGCAUCGGGCAAGACUGCAUAAUGUACAGCAGCAGAUGGAACGACUCAAGCAGCAGGAGGAAGAUUUACACCAGGAGCGCCUCAGUAUGACUCAUCAGAGAAGGCAACUUGAACAACUGCGGAUGGGACUCCCAAGCACUAAUCCACUGGUAUUCCAAACCUUGCCCCAGAUGCCAUUGCCAGGAACUCAGGCCAACAUAAUCUCCAACAUGCACUAUUUGUCUGUUCCUGUGAAUGAUCUUCCUAAAACCAACCCUGGAGUCUCUCAGGUCUUCCCAAGAUCAGGGCCAGCAGACCUGUAUGCCAAACUGGUGCUGCAUAAACUUACAGCUGAACGGGAUCAUGAUUUUUUGGAGGAAGAGCAGUUCUUCUUAGAAACCUUGAAGAAAGCUUCCUACAAGACAUCAUCUCAGUCAGUGUGAGAGCAGAUGAAUGCUGGAGACAGACUUGCAUGGAUUGAGACUGUCUUCAAAGAUGGAUUAUCAUUCUGAAUUGUUAACUAAUGAGGGGGAGUAAUGAAUUAAACAUGUCAAUUGUCAACGCCUGUUGUAGAAAUUACAUUUUGUAAAAUAAAUGUUUUUCUAAGUUUCUUUUAAACUCUUGGUUUUGCCAGAUUGCCUGGUUUUUUUUUUUUUUUAAAUUUCCUUUCACUAAAAUUCAACUAUUACCAAGUUGUGGAGAUUGAUCCUCUGGACCAGUAAUGUAUCCUAACCGUACCACACCACUCCAUCCAAUAACCUGCUUGCAUCUCUUUCAGUAUGAAUCGUUCAUGCUGCUGGUGAGCCAAAACUGGUCGGUGAUUUACAGUACAAUCCUGUAAAUGUCUUCUUAGAAAUAAGCUCCAUUGAGUUCAGAGGGGCUUCCUCCCUUGUACAUGAGUGUAGAAUUGUGAUCCAAGUUUAAAAUCAUAAAAUCAUGA